UCAUUAGAGUAAAGCGCGAAGAGGCAGAAUACCAUUAUGAGACGACAUUGGACGAGGAGAUGGAUUUUUUUCAAGUGAUAAGAGGCAAAAACGUGACAAACAGUAACACAGAAAUAGCGGAAUACACUGCGAAACCGCAAUUGACGCGCGUGCAGUAUGACACCAUGUAUAAAUACGGUCAAAAUAUCACAACUCGAUAUGACGAUGCGGCAAACGACAUUCCGAGGAAUCAGUCUUUAAUUUCGCAGAAACGAUACACUUUCGCAGAUACCGAGAGUCCGGACGAGGAACCGUACGAUUACGAGAAAUUCAAAAUGGAAUAUGACCAACAGCUCGAAUACAACAUAAAAUACGGGAAAGUGUUUAAUUAUACUGAGAAGGAAGAAUUGAAAGAGUCGCCGAAGGAAGCGUUAAAAAGAAUAAUCGAUUUGAAACGACCUAAGAACUGUACGAAGGAGGAGCUAGGUCACUUUGGAAUCAAAGCAAUAAAAUGUCUUAUAUACGAUUAUCAACGUACAAGAAACGUCGCGGCUGUGAGGAAGGUCCUUUUCAGGACAUGGCUAGUUGUUAGGAUUUGGUUGUUAAUUUACGUUUGCCUGGCAAUUCCUUUUUGGUGCCACAGAGGAUGGUGCUGCUGUUGUUUCCGUUGUAAAUUUUGCUUUCCGCGGAAAAGGAUUUUAUUUGCCAAGCGUUAUUACACGCUGAAUCCACCCGGCACUUUUGUCAAGAGUUUAAAAAAGCCGAGAGAAGACAUUGUUGAAUACAAAACUACAGAAUACGAAUACAAUGCACACGAGGUAUUCGAAGCUGCGAUAAGAAAUAUAUAAAUAUUGAUAAUUGACCCCAGAAUUACUUUUGCAGCUUUGUCCGAUUUUAUUUAUACCGUUAAUGCAUGUAAAAGCGCUACUAAACUACUUACUCAAUUUAGUUUUCUAGUUUAUAUGAACUGAAAGCGUGACAGUUAAAUAUA